AGACAAGCCUGAGCAAUUUUGCGCGCUCCCGAUGCCAACGAACACGAGCCGAGGCUUCCUACACCAUAGCAAGAACCAGGAAGUGAAAGUAUACACAUGGAGGGUGUGUCGUUCCCUGCCAGUGAAUGUUUUAUUUUUAAAAACACAGUCCUCCUCCGAUAAAUAAUGGGGGACUCGGCGAGGACCAAGCGGCGGGAGCAGCUGAAGCGCUGGGCCGGCUCAUGCACCGACAAAGCUCUGGCCGUGCCCAGGCGGAGGUGGCGGGGCGAUGCCGAGAACGGAGCAAGGGAACCGGGGGCCGAGCUCAACGACCCGCCGAAAGACCAGCCGUGUGUAGGCAGAGAUGAAAUCAGCCUCUUCCUCAAACGACGGAAAAGUGUGAGGUUUGACAGGGCUGCAGAGUUCCUGGCUGCCUGUGCCAGCGGGGACACGGAGGAGGCCCAGGUGAUGCUUAAGGAGGCCAAAGAAACCAAAAGGAUAAAUGGGGAGGAUGUGGCAGAAAUUAUAAACUGUUCCAAUGCCGAUGGAAUCACUGCUCUCCAUCAGUCCUGCAUUGAUGGCAGCAUGGACAUAGUGUCCUUUCUUUUGGAUAAUGGUGCCAACGUGAACCAGGUUGACAAUGAGGGAUGGACACCACUGCAUGUUGCUGCCUCCUGCGGCCACCCCGACAUUGCAGAUUUUCUUUUGCAGCAAGGUGCCUCUCUCUCGGCUGUCAACUGUGAUGGUGAUGUUCCUCUAGACAUUGCUCUGGAUGAGACCACUGAGGCCCUCCUUCAGGAUUACACUCAGAGACAGGGUGUGGACUUGGAGGCAGCUAAGCGGCUGGAAGAGGAACACAUCAUGGUAGACGCCCGGACCUGGCUGACUGAGGGCCUACCCGCUGAUGUACGACACCCCAGGACCGGGGCCACUCCACUGCAUGUGGCCGCUGCCAAAGGCUACCUAGAGGCCCUCAAGAUACUGUGUCAGUGUGGACUGGACGUGUCAGCCAUGGACUUUGAUGGCUGGACGCCUCUCCAUGCUGCAGCACACUGGGGUCAGGGGGAGGCCUGUCGCAUUCUGGCUGAACAAGAUUGCAAUAUGGAGGCCCGCAGCAAUGCGGGUCAGACACCAUUUGAUGUAGCUGAUGAAAGCGUUGAGGAACUCCUGGAGGAGUUGUCACAGAAACAAGCAAAUUCCAUAUUGGACAGGCAACAAGGCUCCACUGCUGCAAAUACACAAAACAAACGGCGGAGAAGCUCGGUGUGCAGGAUGAGCAGUAAAGACAAGAUGAACGUGCAGGACCAGUCUAAAGAGAGGGGUGUUUCAGGGGGCCUGGAGCUGAGUGAGGAGAAAGAGAGCAGCCCCGAAAGCUCAACCGUGUCUAGUCCAGAGAGUCUUACCACAUCCACAGUCAGCCCUGCUGACAAGACACCAGAGGAGAAAGAUGAGGAGGAGAAGGAGCAGGACAAAGCAAACCGCACUGCCAGAGUCCAACCAACUCCUCAGACGAGGGAUGGGGCGGCUGACAGCCCUAACACUCCCAACAGUGACCGGCGCAAGUUUCAAGCUCCAGUCAGAGACGAAGAGUCUGAGUCUCAGAGAAAAGCUCGAUCUCGGAUGAUGCGGCAGUCUCGCCGGUCCACACAGGGUGUGACUCUGACAGACCUGAAAGAAGCAGAGAAGACUGUGGUCAAAGCUGCAGAGCCGCAGCCUCGCAACAUCCAGCCUGUCAGCCCCAUUGUUACUGUCACGCCUGCGGAAAGGGAUACAGAGCCAAUGAGCCAGGGGGAGACGGAGGGAGAGAAGCGUCUGGGAGUGAAGGAAAGGAGGAGAGGGAGGAGGGAAAGGCGCUCCACUGGCAUUGUUCAGCCAGGCGGAGAGAAUGAAGAAGAGGAUGCUUAUUUGGACGACACAAACAGUAACCGUACUUCCAGUGAGAGUCAACUGGGAGACUCGUCGGCUGACUACAGAACGCUGUACUUUAAGGUACUGCAGGAGAACCUGCUCUGAAGGACAACUCAGGAGAAGGAGCUGCUUCUCAGCCAAACAAAGUGGAGCUGGAAAGACUCCGACAGAAUCAAGACAGCAGCACAGACAGACCGGCUCUGCUGGAACUGGAGAGAUUUGAGAAGUUGGCCCUUCAGAGGAAAGCAGUGGAACUGGAGGAUGAGCUGAAGGUUCUGGUGGACCUCAGAGCAGACAACCAGCGGCUCAAGGACGAGAACGCCGCCCUCAUUCGAGUCAUCAGCAAACUCUCUAGAUGAACCUUAAAAAUGAAAACAAACAAAACCUACAUGGAGAUAAAAAAGUAUUACAGAUUCUUCUUUUGCCCAACUCAGAAGACACGAACCGGGAAAGGGAGACGGCAGCAUCAAACGCCUGCGCAGCACAUUCAACAGUAACUGGAACAACGUAUAGAUUUCAGGGUUCUUCGCCUGUGUUUGGGCCUUUUAUGUUUUGGCAGAUCUACUGUAUAACAAGCUGAACUGCACCUGCUGUGGACUGACGGGACGUCCCUGUUCACAUCCACUUUUAUAUUAAGUCUUUAUUGUUGUAUUUUUUUUAAUGGGACUAUUUUAAUGUGCUUUGCUCCUCUGAUACUUUUUUAUAAGAAUCUGUAUUAAGAUACUUAAAGCCAUGCACAGUGUGAACUCACGGUAAUGUUUGAAAUGAAAGAAAGCUUUCUUGACCUCCUGAAGGGGCGGAGAAAAAAAAACAAACACCAGUCAGGUUUAAGGGGCAGUUACUAGAAAAAGACAAAAAAGCGUAACAAAAAAGACUUACCGUUAAUGUGCCAAAAACCAGCCCCAGGUUCGCAUGUCCUUUUGGGGGAAAACUCCCAAGUGGUCAGUGUUUCUCAGGAUGAGUCUUGGGUCGAUGCUUUCUGUUUUGGCUGACUGCUGUAAAGGUGGACCAAAUUUGCAUGCUCAUUUCUCCCUGCUCCUCUGAAUGUAUAUUUAAUAUGUAUAUUUAUGUACAGGGGCCAUCUGUCCUGACAGUGAUGUAAAGGUGUAGUUGUGGUCUCUUGUUGUACAAAGUGCUGAGAGUUUCGGGUGCUAAUCAUGUAAGUCAGGUGCAGCUCACGUUCAGAGAGAUUUUUACGGAAAAAUGUUUGUUACAAAUGUCCGAUCUUUGAGAGCUUAGGAGAACGCAUGCUCUGUCCUUUAGUACUGUAAGUCAGUAGUAAUUUAACUUAACCAUUUCGACUGGACGCUUCUGAAAGCAACGAUCCCUAAGCUAUUCACCCUGUGACAGACGCCUGUUAGUAUUCAACAGACCAGGCCAGAUGGGUCAGCGUUUGAAUGUUUACUCCGAUUUUAAAGAAAAAAACUUGCAUGUCAAAUUGUAUUUUGAUGCUGUGCCUUUCGAUAUACAUUUCUAAGUAAUAUUUCUAUUUUGCUUUGGCAGACGUACACUGUUAAGUAUAAAAUACAGUUUGGGCAUAAAUUA